UAGCAGGCAUGUGACCACGGGUUAGUUAUGUGGAGUGGUAUAGCAGGCAUGUGACCGUGGGUUGAUGAGUGGUAUAGCAGGCAUGUGACCAUUGUUUGGUGAUGAGUGGUAUAACAAGGACAAAAUAUGAUAAAUUACCUUUCCUUGAUUUUGCGACAUUUCGAGCUUUGUGAAAUGUUCUGCUGAUAAAUUAAUAUGAAACAAAAGCAUGAUUUUAAAUUGAUUUCGUCUCCCGAUCUGUAGUACAGUUUUCCCAUCGUCGCGGGGUUAACACACGUUAACUGGGUCAACUGAGACCACCACACAAAGAUGGUUGACCACAAUCCAGAUGAUGCCACUAAAGCCGACAGCCCCAUGCUGAAAGAUGACCACAAAGAUGACCAACACGUCAUUUGUAGCGGUUCCAACGUCCCCGACACACAGAAUGUUCAAGGACCCAGGGGCGUUCCCAUAGACAGAGGCUGGGCUUGGGUAGUCGUUGUAGGUUGGUUCUUUGUUAUGUAGUCAGCAGGUCUAAGUGCCUGUAUUUGUAGUCAAUAGUCUAAAGUACACAUUUUUUAGUGAAAAGGUCUAAGUCUAAGUACAUAUAUUUUAGUCAAUAUUCUAAAGUACAUGUUUUUAGUGAAAAGGUCUAAGUACACAUAUUUUAGUCAAUAUUCUAAAGUACAUGUUUUUAGUGAAAAGGUCUAAGUACACAUAUUUUAGUCAAUAUUCUAAAGUACAUGUUUUUAGUGAAAAUGUCUAAGUACACAUAUUUUAGUCAAUAUUCUAAAGUACAUGUUUUUAGUGAAAAGGUCUAAGUACACAUAUUUUAGUCAAUAUUCUAAAGUACAUGUUUUUAGUGAAAAGGUCUAAGUGUACAUAUUUUAGUCAAUAUUCUAAAGUACAUGUUUUUAGUGAAAAUGUCUAAGUACAUAUAUUUUAGUCAAUAUUCUAAAGUACAUGUUUUAGUGAAAAGGUCUAAGUACACAUAUUUUAGUCAAUAUUCUAAAGUACAUGUUUUUAGUGAAAAGGUCUAAGUACACAUAUUUUAGUCAAUAUUCUAAAGUACAUGUUUUUAGUGAAAAGGUCUAAGUACACAUAUUUUAGUCAAUNUAUCGUCAGAAGUCAGCACCAAUGUCAGAUUGACCCCUUGUCAGGUAGGCUAUCGUCAGAAGUCAGCACCAAUGUCAGAUUGACCCCUUGUCAGGUAGGCUAUCGUCAGAAGUCAGCACCAAUGUCAGAUUGACCCCUUGUCAGGUAGGCUAUCGUCAGAAGUCAGCACCAAUGUCAGAUUGACCCCUUGUCAGGUAGGCUAUCGUCAGAAGUCAGCACCAAUGUCAGAUUGACCCCUUGUCAGGUAGGCUAUCGUCAGAAGUCAGCACCAAUGUCAGAUUGACCCCUUGUCAGGUAGGCUAUCGUCAGAAGUCAGCACCAAUGUCAGAUUGACCCCUUGUCAGGUAGGCUAUCGUCAGAAGUCAGCACCAAUGUCAGAUUGACCCCUUGUCAGGUAGGCUAUCGUCAGAAGUCAGCACCAAUGUCAGAUUGACCCCUUGUCAGGUAGGCUAUCGUCAGAAGUCAGCACCAAUGUCAGAUUGACCCCUUGUCAGGUAGGCUAUCGUCAGAAGUCAGCACCAAUGUCAGAUUGACCCCUUGUCAGGUAGGCUAUCGUCAGAAGUCAGCACCAAUGUCAGAUUGACCCCUUGUCAGGUAGGCUAUCGUCAGAAGUCAGCACCAAUGUCAGAUUGACCCCUUGUCAGGUAGGCUAUCGUCAGAAGUCAGCACCAAUGUCAGAUUGACCCCUUGUCAGGUAGGCUAUCGUCAGAAGUCAGCACCAAUGUCAGAUUGACCCCUUGUCAGGUAGGCUAUCGUCAGAAGUCAGCACCAAUGUCAGAUUGACCCCUUGUCAGGUAGGCUAUCGUCAGAAGUCAGCACCAAUGUCAGAUUGACCCCUUGUCAGGUAGGCUAUCGUCAGAAGUCAGCACCAAUGUCAGAUUGACCCCUUGUCAGGUAGGCUAUCGUCAGAAGUCAGCACCAAUGUCAGAUUGACCCCUUGUCAGGUAGGCUAUCGUCAGAAGUCAGCACCAAUGUCAGAUUGACCCCUUGUCAGGUAGGCUAUCGUCAGAAGUCAGCACCAAUGUCAGAUUGACCCCUUGUCAGGUAGGCUAUCGUCAGAAGUCAGCACCAAUGUCAGAUUGACCCCUUGUCAGGUAGGCUAUCGUCAGAAGUCAGCACCAAUGUCAGAUUGACCCCUUGUCAGGUAGGCUAUCGUCAGAAGUCAGCACCAAUGUCAACAUUGAUUAUUCAUGAAUUUGGAGAAGAAAAAAAAGAUAUGUUAAAAUUCCGUAUGUUUUCCACAGGCUGUUUCGGAAUGCAUGUGUUGGUGGUCGGGGGAGUGAAGUCAUUUGGUGUGCUCUUUGUUGAGUUCCAGGACAUGUAUGGGGUCAAGGCUGGGGAUCUUGGAAUUAUUCAAGGAAUGGCCCAGACACUGAUGAUGGCCUUAGGUAACCAAAAGACCUAUUUAAGACACUGGAGGAGACCAAUUUUCUUACAUCCACCACCCUUUGGCAACCAAAAGACCUAUUAAGACACUUGGAGGAGACCUAUGUUUCUCAACCUCCGCCCUAUAGUAAAAAAAAAAGACCUAUUAAGACACUAGGAGGAGACCUUUGUUUCUCAAUCUCCACCCUAUAGUAAAAAAAAAAAGACCUAUUAAGAAACUUGGAGGAGACCUAUUGUUUCUCAACCUCCACCCUAUAGUAACCAAAAGACCUAUUAAGACACUUGGAGGAGACCUAUUGUUUCUCAACCUCCACCCUAUAGUAAAAAAAAAGACCUAUUAAGACACUCACUAGAGACCAACUCUUUCUCAUCCCCCACCCCACCCUCGGGUACAACACUUCACUUAGAGGGCAUUGAUGUCUUCCAAGGUAGAGUCACAGUUCUUAGAUAGGAAUUUUUGCCUGAACAAUUUUUUUUAUCCUUUAUGGUGAAAUUCCUAAAUAGGGAUAUUGCUUUAACAUUUUAUCAUUCUUUAUUAUUUAAUGUUUUUAGGAUAUAUAAUAUUUGUAUAGAUAUUGUUAUUAUUUAUUAUGAUUACUAAUCUUUUGUAGAUUUUCUAUGAAAUGUUUUGGUGAACUUGGUGAAUAUUAGACAACUGUUAUUGAACAUCACAAAAUUAUGAUUAUAGAAAUGUAUCCUGUGUGCAUUUUGAUCUGAGAGCUGUUAUAAAUUAGUGUUGCCAAACACAUUUACAUUUCUAUUUCCAUACAUUUAUUUUAUUGAAAUAUUUGCUGAAAACGGUGACAUAAGUGAGCAAAACAAUUUAUUUUUAUUUUUUUUAAAUGUUUUAUAUUUUUCCUCAAUUUGAUAUUCCGUUUGCUCCAACACACAUUUUCGCCUUGAUAUUUUAAGUUUAGGAAUCAUCCACAUGUCCAACCUUUGUGUGGUUUACUUCCUACAGGACUGUUUGCCAACCUCCUGGCUGUCAAGUUUAACGCUCGCAAGGUUGUGUUUGCUGGUGGCUUGCUGACAUCGUUAGGUUUUAUCCUGUCUGCCUACCUGCCUAGCUUUUGGCCGCUCUACAUUACAUAUGGCCUCAUAACAGGUACCGGUAACAAACAAAAAAACUACAGUGGUUUGUCCCACAUAUGGCCUUAUAACAAAUUGUCCACCCCUAUGCAUGCUCUUUGUCUAGCCUGGUCUGUUCUUGGAACUGUCCAUUUCUGAUUGAACUUUAUGAUCCUUCAAUGCCCAUCCCAGUUGUCUACACCUGUCUACCUUUGAUAGUUCCACAAUGUCUUAAUUUAAGAAUUUAACCCAUAUGUUUACAUUUUCUAAGUAGACAACUCUAGGAUUAGAAAUUUACUUGAUCUAUCUAUAAUUAAAAUAGUGAGACUUGUUGCUGCUAAAAAUAGUAUAAUGACACAAUAACUAACUCUUAUUAUGUUUGGUGUUGUGACAAGUGAACAGUAACAUAGCUUGAAUUGUAGUUGCACUUCCAACUUAACCAACAACAUAAUGUAUUUUGCACUUCCCCUUAAAAACAUUUCACUUGCUAUAUCCAGAAUAUCAGGUGCUAAUAGUAGGAUCAAUAUUCUUUAAAACAAAAAAUAGCUAAGAAAAAAAUAACAAAAUAUUCAAUGACACCUUUGUUAAACAUUCAAUAAAAGUGAAAAGUUUAAAAAACCAAAAAUUUCAAAAACUAAAGAAGUUUAACUUUUAUUUGCAGGUUUUGGCUUCGGCCUGUCAUAUAGCCCCUGCGUUGUCAUGGUUGGUCAUCACUUCAAUAAGCGCCGGAGUCUGGCCAAUGGACUCUCAGUCGCUGGCUCUGGAGUUGGUUCAUUCAUUCUCCCAAACCUCAUGCGGUUAAUGCUUGAAAAGUACAAUCUUAGUGGAUGCUUGCUCAUCCUAGGUGGGAUAAUGCUAAACGUUUGUGUGUUUGCCAUGCUAUUAAGGCCCUUGAGUAGUUACAGCCCCAGCAAAAAAUUCAGAAAAAGUCCACAGCAUAGAAUUGUUAAGAUUGAUAAACAAACCUACAUCAGAUGCGGGGAGGGUGAGGCCAACCCUGACACAAGUUUUCAAAUGGGAAUAAAUCAAUUAAUCACUGGGAAUGAUCGGUCAGACAGCUGUGAAAACAUCAGCAGUAAUAAUGUGUCUAAUAAAGAGCAGAGUCAUUUGACUGAAAGAAGUGACAAAAUAAAUGGAAAAAACAGGCUAAAUAUGGAGUUUAAUGUCAGUGAAAAUGGGAUCAAAAGACUGAAUGACAUUGAGGCUGAACAAACUUGUCUUAUAAGGGAAUCAGAUAAUGCUGGUAUCAGUGAUAAUGUGAAAAGUUGCAUGUCUGACCAGAAUCAAAUCACCAGCCUAGAUUUCUCAACAGAAAUUUGCAACCUUAAUUUACAAGAAAUGGAAAUUGUAGAAAUUGAAGAAUUAGGUCAACUGUCAUCGAAGCCAUCAAGAGAUGUUAGUCACAGUGACCUAUUCAUGGCAUCUCUCCAGAAUAUCCCCAGUGAGGAUUUGCAAGAUAUUUCACCGGACUUUCUCAGCUUUUCGAGAGAUGCAACCAUAGGGUCAAAGAAGCCGGUCAAAAAACAGAAGCUAUUUAACUGGUCACUGUUCAAGAAUCCUGUAUUUCUGAUCUAUGCGAUAUCAUGUGGCCUGGCAAACUUUGGAUACCCAAAUGUCUUUUUCAUGCUACCCGCUUUUGCUGAAAGUGUGAGUGAUUUUUUGUAAUUUUAUGUAGCGAUUUAUGUUUUAAAAAAAUAUAUUUUAUUUUUUAUUUUUACAUAGCGUCUAGACUAUAUGUUUAAAUAAACAAAUAAUCAAAUGUCAAAAUAGAAAUUCCCAUCUUCAAGUUAUAAAAAAAAAAAAUUAAUUAUUAGCCUAGUACUAGUAGUUACAGUUAUGAUAAAUUAUGGUUACACAAUAAAAUCCCAGCGAUUUCAGCAUUAUAUUUGGGGGAUGAAAUACUGGUAAAUGAUUCCUAAAUACUGUGUUUUUAAUUCAAGCCUUUAGAGAGAUUUGGAAAAUUGUUGUUCCCCGAAAUAAUUUGUCUUUAGCUUCCUAGACAUGUUAAGCAGUGGCAUAGACAUCCUUGGUGUUAGCCAAUGCACUGUUCAUGUUGGGCAUUUUGAUUCUCAGAAUGGUCAAGACCGCAGUAACUCAGCCUUGUUGGUGUCAAUUAUUGGAAUCACAGAUUUGAUGGGUCGCCUAUUCCUUGGCUGGUUCUCAGAUUUGAACCUCUUUCCUAAAAGAUAUGGGUGAGCUCUCGUUUUGCUUAUGAGAUUUCUCUGUUCUUACACUAGUUACACAGGUUAAAAUAUCACUGAUAAAUUUUGGAAUAAAGGAAAAUGCUCUUUUAUUUUUAAUGAGAGCAAUUUAAGUAAGGAUCUAUUGAUGUGGUUCUGUUAAGCAUCAAGGGCCUCAAAAUCAGAAACACAAAUUAAAAUUAAUUUCAAGUCACGGUAUAAUUUAGAAUAUUCUAACUCUAUUUUAAGGGGCUUGUGCAUUAUUUUCUAUUUGAGACUUACAAAUAUGCGGAUCACUUAAUUUUUAUGACAACAGUUUUGCUUUUCUUAAUUAUCAAAUUGUUGUUCUUAUCAUUUCCAAAUAUAUUUUAAUCUCAAAAUCUCAUUUGCAAAUUACUAUUGAACAAAAAAAAUUGGUAGUCAAAAGUAAAAUUCUACUUUUUAAUGAUACAAAUUUCAGAUUUAUUACCUGUAUUGGUAUCAGUGCAUGCCUAAAUUUAGUUGCUCCUGUCAUGACAUCAUUUGCUGCUAUGGCAGCUUAUGCUGCACUCUAUGGCUUCUUUGGUGGCUCAUACUGGGCCCUUAUUGCAGUGCUUUUGGCUGAGGCCCUAGGUAGGUAUGAAAACUAUUUACUUUAGAAUUACCUCCAGAUCAUUCUUUUUUUUUUUUUUUUAUUUUUUUAAUUUUUUUUUUUUUUUUCCAAAUAGUGAAUUUUUUUUUUAGUAUUUUCUUCUGUUUUUUUUUUUUUUUUUUUUUUUAUUAUUUUAAUUUUUUUUUUUUUUUUUCCAAAUAGUGAAUUUCAGUGACCCUUGUUAUGUAUUGAAUGGUUUGGGGACAAUUUCUGAAUUUUUAAAAUAAAUUAAAAAAACAACAUUUGUUUGUUAGGCAAUUUAACUGAGGACAUUGACAUAAUUUAACUGAGGGCAGAGGCUUAUUGUAUUUUUUUUACGUUCUAAUUUGAAUUUUGUUUGUCAAACAAAAUAUGUCAUUUCAUGUCAGCCAAUGUUUAAUUUUGUUUUCAGGUGUUGAGAAGCUUAGCAGCUCAUUUGGGCUUAUUACUGUCUUUAUGUCUGUCAGUUUGCUGCCUGGUCCUGCAAUCUGUGGUAAGUUUCAUUUUUGAAAAUGCAGCACAUUUGUUUAAACACGGUACUCAAUCAUAUAAGUAAGCCGUUAAAAUUAAAAUCAGAGGUUGUCAUCUUGUUGGUGUUCAGCAAUUAUAAAUUUAUUGGUUUAAAUUUAUUGUGACCCUAGAAUAGUUUUCAAAAUUUAGGAAACUAUGCAAACUUUGUUUAAUUAUUUUUAAACAUCUUUGUAAAUGUACAAAAAGGGAUCAGAAGUUGUAAACAAAGUAUUGAAUUUAACACUGCAGAAAUAUUUUUAUUAAGUCUGGUUAAGUCUACUAAAAAUUUUAUUUAAAAAGAAUUUGUUUCGCACAAAUAAACAUUUGUAAAUACUACAUAAUAAAUAUGGAGUAUAAACAUAUAUUUAGACAGGGUUAAAGUCCUGGGGUAACAAAAACAAGGGAACGCACCCAAGGUACUCCCCUUUCCAAAAUAAAUAUCUAUUACUAGUACCUAGCAAAAAAAAGUUCAGGAACCCCAUCCCUUCCAAUAGCACUCAACCCCUUUAUUUAUACUAGUCAGUUUAAUAGUUAUGACUAUUCACCCUUUCCACAAGAUAGUUAGAUCUUUAAUAUUUUUGUUUUAAUUCAUAUUUUUUAAAUUUAUUUCACAGGUGGGAUCAGAGAUGCUACAUCAUCCUGGAACUAUGCAUUAAUAUUUUGUGGGACUAUGGCCCUUGUUGGAUCCCUGGUGCCUUUUUUGAUACCAUGCGCACAAAGGUAUAACAAAGCCAAAGAAAAGAGGAACACAAAUUUAAAAAUUGGUUAAGGACAUAAUUUUACUUAGUUUUUCUAAAGAAAACAAAGUAUAGAUUGAAAUUUGUACUUAACUAAGGUGGCUUCUUUUUUUUUCAUUUUUAUUUCAAAAUACUCUUUUGAGCCAAAAUAUUGUUUUCAAUAAGAGAAGCCAAUGUCAACUUGAAAAGGAAGCUAUACUAUUUUUUCCUUAUAUUGAGGGGUGGCAGGCAUUUUUGUUCAAGUGCAGAAUUUUGAUUCUUGGAGAGGAAAAGGGGGAGGGGGGGCUGCUUGGCUUUUGCUCUAAGCCUAGCUUUACCACUGUGUAUAUGACUUAUGUUCCAGAUGUAUCACUUAGACUUUGAUUUGAGGAUUAGACUUGGACUUCAGUUUAGACUUAGAUUUCAGUUGUAGCCUGACUUCUGGUACAAAAUUCGACUCUCGUACAGACGUUGUCUUCUGGUAUAGCCUUGAUGUCUGGUAUAUGAUGAAAUUCUAUUUAAUUUAUACAGGAGUUUUUUCUAUUAGGAUAAAUUAUUCUGAAGAGUUUAACUAACAAUUUUACUAUAACGUUCUUGGAGCAUCCCGCAUGACUCCCAGCAAUAGUUCUUUUGUAACUGACUCUUAAUUUAACAUAUUCCUUGGAAUGACUUCAUAGCCAUGAUUUGACUGCCAGCAUUAUUUCAAUUGUAACAGACUGUAAACAUGUCCCCAGAAUGACUUUAUAGCCAUGCUUUGACUGCCAUAAUAUUUCAGUUGCAACUGACUGUAAACACAUUCCUUGGAAUGACUUCAUAGCCAUGAUUUGACUGCACUGCCAGCAUUAUUUCAAUUGUAACUGUAAACACUGUAAUGACUUCAUAGCCAUGCACGAUCAAUGUUUCUAUUUGAUGUAUACAAACAUGUCUCAUAAUGUAUCUCAUAAAAGUGAAACAUUUGUCAAUUUAAACUGAAAUAUGCUCAAUUAAUGUUAUAUAUUAAAAGAAAAUUGGUAUCUGUAUAUUUAACAAACCAGUGACAUUUCUUAAGAUGUGAAUAUAUUUUUAUUGUAUUUGUAUAUACAAACGCAAAUGUGUAUUUUAUUUACACAUAAAUUACAUUUGAGAAUUUUAUUAUUUUUUACAUCAGGGCUUUGUUUUAUAUGCUGAAAUACUUAUUCCACAUUUCAUAGAGAUAGUUAGACAAAAAAAAUCCCAAACCCACUAAUUGCCACUGAUGCCCAAGUCUUUGAUAGAUGCUGUCUUGAAAAGAUAGCAUUUCACUGAGAAUAAAAAGUGAAGUAAAAUUUCAAAUGUAUAAAACUGUGCUAUCCUGAUUAAAAUAUCUAGCUUAUUUGUGUAUGUAUGUGGCAAUGUUUGAAAUAACUUAACCACUCAGUGGCAUAGCUAGGGGGUUGCGGACUGCACUGGCUCACCCUCUGACUUAUUUCAGGGGGGAGGGGUGUGUGUGUGUGACACCAUGAGUUUACCGCACAGGGUGACACCAACCCUAAGCAGCGGGUGACACCAACCCUUUGCCCACUGUAACUACUAAAAAAUCUCACUCAAAUAAACACUUCUCCUCUAAGACCACUCUUGUGUAAGAAAAGUUUUGAAUAAACAAUAAAUUAUGAAAUUUUAAAG